ACCCGCCUUCCGCCUUCCGCCUUCCGGCGGGGGCUGCGGCUCCAGGUGGCAAUACCCACGCAUGGCGGUCGUGCGCGCCGGGGCGGCGGAGCUGGGCUUCGCGGAGGUGGCGCCGGCCUGGCGGCUGCGCAGCCAGCAGUUCCCCAGCAAGGUCGGCGGCCGGCCGGCGUGGCUGGGCGAGGCCGGGCUGCCCGGGCCCGCGGAGCUGGCGUGCUCGCUGUGCGGCCGCCCGCUGGCCUUCGUGCUGCAGCUGUACGCGCCCCUGCCGGGCCGCGCCGACGCCUUCCACCGCGGCCUGUUCCUCUUCUGCUGCCGCGCGCCGCCCUGCUGUGCGGGCCUUCGCGUUUUUAGAAAUCAGCUACCCAGGAAAAAUGACUUUUACUCCCAUGAGCCGCCUUCUGAGGAUCCUCCCCCCGAGACGGGAGAGUCCGUGCGCCUCCAGCUCCAGUCCGGGGCUCAGCUCUGCAGGGUGUGCGGCUGUCUAGGCCCCAAGACGUGCUCGCGAUGUCGCCAGGCGCAUUACUGCAGUAAGGACCACCAGGCUGUGGACUGGAGAUGCGGGCAUAAGCAGGCGUGUAGACAGGCAGGUAAUGUGGACAAUACAAUUCCAGAUCACAACUUCCUUUUUCCAGAAUUUGAAAUUGUAAUAGAAACAGAAGAUGAGAUUACACCUGAAGUUUCAGAAAAAGAAGAUGAACCGGAGAUUAUAGGGAGCAUGGGUGAAGCACCUGCAGAAGAAUUGGAAUCCAUGGCAAAACAUGAAUCCAGGGAAGAUAAGAUUUUCCAGGAGUUUAAAAAUAAAAUAGCCCUGGAACCAGAACAGAUUCUCAGGUAUGGCAGAGGGCUUGCCCCCAUCUGGAUCUCUGGUGAAAAUGUCCCCCAAGAGGAGGAUAUUCCAGACUGCCCCUGUGGAGCCAAGAGAAUAUUUGAAUUCCAGGUCAUGCCUCAGCUGCUCAACUACCUAAAGGCCGACAGGCUGGGCAAGAGUGUUGAUUGGGGUGUCCUGGCCGUCUACACCUGUGCUGAGAGCUGCAGCCGGGCCACUGGCUACACAGAAGAAUUUGUUUGGAAGCAAGAUGUAACAGAUACACCUUAAAGAGAACCUCAAAUAGCCUUAAAAGUGCUCAUAACCUCUUAGACCUUGCAAUUCCAUUUUUAGGAUGUUAUCCUAACGGAAUAAUUGUACCAGAGAGAGGGGCACAAAGAUGUUUUAGGCCUUAUUUACAAUCUAUAAUAACAGAAGUGUAAUAUGCUAAUUAGACUAACCAGACAGCUGAACUACCUUCCAGAUGUCCUUCUGGACAAAGCCAUGGGGGCUGAGGCAGUUCGGGGCGAUCAGGCAGACAGGCUAACAUUUAGGAGCCAG